GCGUAUUCAAAGGGCAGCAGUCUUCCUCCGGUUAGUGUGCGGGGUAAGACGGAUCGGUUCCCCCGUUUAAUCCGGUUUUGGCCUCCUCCAAUCCGGUUUCUGGUCUUCUCUGAUCCGGUUCCAGUGUGGUUGAGGUGUUCGGGUGAGGCUGCGCGGUCUGGGCGGUUCGGCGGGUUGAGCAGAGCUGAGAUGUCCGCGGAAGAGGCGGAGAAAGCGGCCGGGCAGGAGGUGAGCGCGGCGGCGGGGGACGAGGAGGAGGAAUGGCUGUACGGAGAUGAAGGAGAAACCAAAGAAAAUGAGGAGGAGGAGGUGGCGGCCAAACUGACCGCAGCAAUCAGUGCUCCACCUGCCGCUCCUGUUACUGAGGAAGUCCCUGCCGGCAAUGGAGUGGCUAGUCAGGAGGAAGCUCCUGGAGACGAUGAGGAUAGUGAAAGUGACAGUGAUGAUGACGACGAUGACGUCCGUGUUACCAUCGGUGACAUCAAGACAGGCGCACCGCAGUACACGACAUACGGGGCAACACCGGUCAAUCUGAACAUAAAGUCUGGUGGCAGCAGGCCGUAUGGAGCAGGAGCGAAGGUGAAGGGCGUGGAUCUGGAUGCUCCAGGGAACAUUAACGGCGUUCCCGUGCUGGAGGUGGAAAUGGAGUCCUUCGAGGAGAAGCCCUGGAGAAAACCCGGUGCGGACUUGUCGGACUACUUUAACUAUGGAUUUAACGAGGAGACGUGGAAGGCGUACUGUGAGAAACAGAAGCGUCUGCGCAUGGGCCUCGAUGUCAACAACAUCUCCACCACCACCAGCAAGAUCUCCGUUCAGCAGGGCAGGACGGGUAACGAGAAGGAAGUGUCCGUAGCCGCUCACGUCACUAAACCUGACUUCACCUCCCCAUCCAGCCUCUACAAGCCGGGUCUCAACCCCGCCAGGAUAUCUCCUCCACAGUGGCCGUUGCCUGUCAACCAAGAACCGCCGCCCUAUUAUACUAAGACAAGUGGGACCAUUGAUGUGAUUGGUGGACAGACAGCCACAAUCAGCAGAGUGGAGGGACGACGUCGCCACAAUCUGGAGGGAAAUAACAUACAGGUGAUUUCGGAGCACCCGUCUCCAGAAUCUGAACCAGCUCCCGCUAAAAUGCCCACUUUCUUCCCUCCGGGGCCGCUGCCACCAAAUAUGCCCCCGCCACCUUUCCUGCCACCGCCGCCAGUCAGCCAGGCGCCGCCCCUCAUCCCUCCGCCAAGACUACCCAUCACUGUUCCUCCUCCAGGUUUCCCUCCACCUCCUGGAGGCCCACCCCCUUCACUCAUCCCCACCUUGGACAACAGUGGUCAUCCUGGAGGAUACGACUGCCGUCCGGUCGCUCCUUAUCCUUUCCCACCAGGCGGUUACCCCCCCCCGCCCAUACAGCCCCCUGUGAGCAACUGGCCUGGGAUGAUGGACAACUCCAAGCAGUGGGAUUAUUACCCCCGCCGGGACAAAGAGAGGGAUAAGGAGAGGGAGAGAGAGAGGCCGAGAGAACGAGCACAUGACCGGGAAAGAGAGCGGGAGAGGGAGCACAGCCCCUCAUCGAUGGCCUACAACAGUGAUGAGGAGCGCUACCGUUACCGUGACUACGGAGAUCGCGGGUACGACCGGCACCGGGAGCGGGCGAGUCGGGAAAAGGAGGAGCGGCACAGGGAGAGACGACACAGAGAGAAGGAAGAGGGCAGACACAAGUCAUCACGCAGCAGUAGCAGACGGAGGCACGACAGCGAGGAGGGCGACGGCCACCGCAGACACAAGCAUAAGAAAUCCAAAAGGAGCAAAGAGGGCAAGGAGCCAAGCGAGGAACGAGCAGCUGACCAGGAGAACCAGGAGGCCAUGGAGUAACUGAGCUGAGCGGGUGGGGUCAUUUCACAAAGCAGGAAAAUCUGAUAAAACUGGAGAAGUUUUAGCCUGAUAGUUGUAAGGAAUAGGAGCGAUAUUUGGGGGGUCGUCACAAAGAUUGUUUGCAUCAUAAAGUCUUACUUUGUCUUACUGAGAUUGGAGAUGUCAAAAUGUUAAAACACUUCACAUGCACUUCACACUGCGAUGCACUGAAUCCAAAUCAAAACUGGACCAAUUAUGCUCUCCAAUAUAUAUAUAUAUUAAAAAAAGAAUGUUUAAACUUACUUAGCUCUUCUUCUGUGGGACAGGUGUCUCACUUUUGGCUAAAAAAAAGAAAAGUCCAUCAUUCUCCAGCCUAAUCUCUUUUUUUUUUAUCACUUUUUGACAUAAUGUGAAUCUCCUAGGUUUUUCUUUUUUCAGAAUUUCAUAAUUAACGGACCAAUAGAACUGCUCCAAAAAAUGAUGUUAAGUACAAAUGCUACGUUCAUUUCAGUAAAAGAUGAUCAGGGUUUUCUUUUCUCUCUUUUUUUCUCUUCCUAUGAGUCACAAAUUUGGAGAUUCAGUGUUUUUUACGUUACAAAAAUGUAGUGCUUAGUACGUAGGAUAAAUUUUCCUAAAAUUAAGAUCCUUGUGAGAGACGUAAAAGUAAAAUCCGAUUUGAGCAUUAAAGGAGAACUCCAGUGUAAAAUUGACUUUAGAUUUUUUUUUAUUGUAGUUAAACUUGAUAAAAAGUACCAACCCUUCUUGAAUAGCCCACCUCCGUUCUCCCUCAGCUUUCUGAGAUCCAGUAAUUUUUUGCAGUUUCUCCAAACCUGAUUUAGAACAGAUGAAAUGGGGCAUAUUUUGCCCCUGCAGAUUCAUCUCUUUUAUACUGUUAUCGAGGCUUUACACUUCAUUGGUGGAUUACGGAGAGCCCUGACGUUUAAAACGAGGCAUUUAUAAAUUUAAAAGUGCACAAUAAGCUUAUUAAAAAACACUGUUUACAACCUGUAGUGUAACGUACAUCUCCGUGCCCGGAGAUUCAAUUACGCUAAGCCCCAUAUCAUCCAUUCUAAUGCAUGUUUGGCAAACUGCUAAAAAUGACUGGAUUUCAGAAAGCUGCAGGAAAUCAGAGGUGGGCUAUUAAACAAAGGUUAGUACUCUUUAUCAUGUUUUACUACACCCAAAAUCAAUUUUACACCAGAGUUCUCCUUUAAGACUGAGCAUCUGUACAAAUACUAUUGCAAUCACGAUGUAAACACCUUCAAAUAGCAAAAAUCAGGUUUCAUUUGGUUUCUGGCUGUUCAGACUUGUCUAAAAUCAUUCUGAAUAUGAUCUUAACAUGAUCUAAUGUCAAGAAAAAAAUAAUUUUGACUGCAUAAACAUGUCUAAAAAAAAUUAAAUAAUAAUAAUAAAAAAUAGAUAAAUAAAUAAAUUGUCUGUUAAGCCAAAAUUAGGUGUCUGCCCAGGCAGUCAAGUUUCAGUCAGAAUUAACAGAAAAAGAGUCCAAACAAACCCAGAAGUCACUGGGUUUGUUGCGUAAAUCUGUCCAUUAAUUUCUACUACAUGACUUUAAAUGUAAGAGUUUUUUUUGUGUGUUUUACUAAAUACAAGACCCUGUGUUAAAACAGUCUCUUCUAAUCAGCUCUACACUACAGCUGCACUAGACCGAGAUUAAGUAGGAGAAUACUUGGCGAAUUUCCCUUAAACUACGAGGCUAACUGUAAAAUCCUGCUUUGUGAAAUGAAACAAUCCCAGGAGCCGGUAAGAAGUCCUGGAGGACUGGAGGCUGGAUCAUGCUCCCAGCAACUCAAACAACUGAACCAGAUCAUCUGUAGUGUCUCUGCAUCGCAGCAGUUUGUCAAUUUAAGAAUUUUAGUUUUGUUUUGUUUUUUUGUCCUUUUUUGAUUGUUCUUUUUUUUCUAAGUACCAUGUAGAUGUUGGUUUGUUAGAUUAAACAAAAAAAAAGGCAUUUGGUAAUUUC